UCUCAAGUUCACAUUUUUUUCAUAUCAUAUUGCUCUUCUCCUUCUCCUUCUCCCUCACCUUAACAAACAAAAACGUUCCUCACCAGAUCGAAAAUCCACCCACCCAGGCAGGGCCAUGCCGAUCCAAUCUCGCCGCCCUUCUCCGUCGCCGUAGCCGUAAACCCCGCCUCAAACUUCGCCGCGCUUCAAAAACCCAAACCUCCAUACCAACCCGCCUCCGCCUCCUCCUCCAGCUCCGAGAUCACAAGCCGAGUUAGUUAGUCCAAUCAUGAGAAGCGUCCAUAGCAGCAGCGUCGACACGAUCAACGCCGCCGCCACCGCCAUCGUCUCCGCCGAAGCGCGCGUCCAGCCCACCGCCGUCCCCAAGAGAAGAUGGGGAAGGUGCUGGAGCCUAUAUUGGUGCUUUGGGUACCAGAAAACCAGCAAGCGAAUUGGUCAUGCAGUCCUUGUUCCCGAGCCUACUGUACCAGGAGUUGCAGUUCCUGCCGCAGAAAACCAAACAUCCUCAACUUCUAUUUCACUUCCCUUCAUUGCCCCUCCCUCUUCUCCUGCAUCUUUCCUGCCAUCUGAACCACCAUCCUCUACCCAAUCACCUGCCGGAUUCAUGUCAUUUGCUUCCCUUUCUGCCAAUGCCUACUCUCCAGGUGGAGCUCAGUCCAUGUUCACCAUUGGCCCUUAUGCAUAUGAGACCCAAUUAGUCUCACCACCUGUGUUCUCCACCUUCAACACUGAACCAUCUACUGCUCCAUAUACUCCCCCUCCCGAAUCUGUGCAACUGACUACACCUUCAUCCCCUGAAGUGCCAUUUGCUCAGCUUCUGACAUCUUCGCUGGACCGAAGUCGCAGACACAGUGGUGGCAGUCAGAAGUUUGCACUGUCCUAUGGUGAAUUCCAGCCGUACCAACAAUAUCCAGGAAGCCCAGGUGGCCAACUCAGAUCACCAGGAUCAGCAAUAUCAAAUUCUGGCACAUCUUCUCCUUUUCCUGACAGAUAUCCGGGGCUUGACUUUCGCACGGGGGAAGCUCCCAAACUCAUGGGGUUUGAACAUUUUACCACUCAUAAAUGGGGUUCAAGGCUAGGUUCUGGAUCAUUAACACCAGAUGGUGCGGGGUUGGGUUCCAGGCUAGGUUCUGGGACACUAACGCCAGACGGCUAUGAGCUAGGUUCAAGGUUAGCUUCUGGAUCUAUGACCCCUAAUGGUGUGGGGAUUGGUUCUAGGCUGGGUUCUGGAUGUUUGACACCCGAUGGUACGGAGCCUGCGUCUAGAGACACUGUCCUUCCGGAGAACCAGAUAUCUGAGGUGGCAUCCCUGGCCAACUCUGAGAGUGGAUGUCAAAAUGAUGGAAAUGUAUUUGAUCACAGGGUGUCAUUUGAAUUGACUUGUGAGGAUGUUGCGUGCUGUCUUGCAAAUAAAUCAGGUGCAUCAUUUAAAACUGCAUCAGAAUCGUCAAAGGAUAUGUCAGCUGAAAUCCCAAAUGAAAGACAUGGGUCAUCAAUAACAAAUAAGUCGAGUGCUGGGGACAGUUUCAGUAGAAUUCCUGAAAAUUGUUUGGGAGAAGGGGAAGAUCAUUGUUAUCGGAAGCAUAGAUCAAUCACACUUGGGUCAACGAAGGACUUCAAUUUUGACAACACAAAAGCUGAUGUUCCCAAUAAGUCGGACAUUGGCUCAGAGUGGUGGGCAAACAAAAACGUUGCUGCUAAGGAAUCGAAACCUGGCAAUGACUGGACGUUUUUUCCAAUUCUACAAGCUGGAGUUAGAUGACAUAGGAGGGUUCAACAUUCGCUUCACCUCCCCAUCUAAUGUAUAGCUUUGUAAAUCCCCAGAUCACAUUGUUGAUGAAUGGAUGGAGAGCAGAGGUGAGUGUUUCUUAUGACCUGAAAAAAAAGAUAAAUGCAGAGAGGAGAUAGAUUGUAGAAUUGAUAGUGUGAGUACUCAAAAAAAUUCUUUAGAAUAUUUCUUUACUUGAUGUUAUACAAAAGGAUAGCAUUCACUUGUUGUAGAUGUUGUGUUCUGGAUUAUUUUUUCCUCAUGUGUAAUAAAGAAAAGUUCUUUACCCCCA